AUGUUCAGUAAAAUUGUAGCUUUUGGAGCCAUCCUGGCUGUAGCCAACGCCGGCUACUACGCUCAUGGGCCAGCUGUAUCUUCUCAAAGCAUUGUCCGUCAUGAUGAAGCUUUAGGACACCUGGCUGCUCCAGCAUAUGCCGUGCCCUUGGCUUAUUCGGCACCUUUGGCCUAUGCUGCCCCUGUGGCUUAUGCUGGAUCCUACGAAGGACACGAUGAACAUGCCUAUCCAAAAUACGACUUCGCGUACUCCGUGGCUGACCCUCACACCGGAGAUCACAAGUCCCAGCACGAGAGCCGCGAUGGUGAUGCAGUCCAUGGGUCCUACAGUCUUGUGCAACCCGAUGGCGUUCUCAGAGAGGUCCACUACACCGCUGAUGACCACAACGGUUUCAACGCCGUCGUCCAAUACUCCGGCCCUUCCUACCACGCCCAAAUGUUCAGCAAAGUUAUCGCAUUCGGCGCUUUCUUGGCCGCUGCCAAAGCUGGUCUACACGGCCAGGCUGUGUCAUCUCAGAGCAUUGUCCGUCACGACACUGGCUAUGGAUCAGCUGCCUACGCUCCUUUAGCCUACGGAGGACAUUAUGGAUCUUCUCACUACGAUGGACACGACACCUAUGCGCACCCAAACUACGACUUCUCCUACUCCGUGGCUGACCCCCACACCGGAGACCACAAGUCCCAGCACGAGAGCCGCGACGGUGACGCAGUCCACGGCUCUUACUCCUUGGUGCAGCCUGAUGGCUCCGUCAGACAGGUCCACUACACUGCUGAUGACCACAACGGAUUCAACGCAGUAGUACACAACUCCGCGCCCUCAGUUCACCCCCAGCACGCCUACCACCACCACUACUAAGCUAUCCCCAAAGUUCCUACAAAAU